AUGUCUGUGUGCCCACUGUCGUGCCUCUGGCGGACCCUGGACAGGCUGCCCCGCACCAGGCUGGGCAAGCUGCGGGACUGCAACGCGCACGAGGCCCUGCUGGAGAUCUGCGACGAUUACAACCUGGACGAGAACGAGUAUUUCUUCGACCGGCACCCGGGGGCCUUCACGUCCAUCUUGAACUUCUACCGCACGGGCAAGCUGCACAUGAUGGAGGAGAUGUGCGCCUUGUCCUUCAGCCAGGAGCUGGACUACUGGGGCAUCGACGAGAUCUACCUGGAGUCCUGCUGCCAGGCCCGGUACCACCAGAAGAAAGAGCAGAUGAACGAGGAGCUGAAGAGAGAAGCCGAGACGCUGCGGGAAAGGGAAGGGGAGGAAUUUGAUAACACCUGCUGCGCCGACAAGAGGAAAAAACUCUGGGAUCUUCUAGAGAAACCCAACUCGUCAGUAGCUGCCAAGAUUUUGGCCAUCAUUUCCAUCAUGUUCAUUGUGUUGUCUACAAUAGCCUUGUCACUUAAUACGCUUCCUGAACUACAAGGCAUGGAUGAAUUUGGACAAACCACAGACAACCCUCAGCUUGCCCACGUGGAGGCAGUGUGCAUUGCAUGGUUUACAAUGGAAUACCUCUUGCGGUUCCUCUCCUCGCCUAAGAAAUGGAAGUUUUUCAAAGGCCCCCUGAAUGCUAUUGAUUUGCUAGCUAUCUUACCCUAUUACGUCACUAUCUUCCUCACAGAAUCAAACAAAAGUGUACUUCAGUUCCAAAAUGUACGCAGGGUGGUGCAGAUAUUUCGUAUCAUGAGGAUACUCCGAAUUCUAAAGCUUGCCAGGCACUCAACUGGUUUACAGUCCUUGGGGUUUACACUGAGGAGGAGCUAUAAUGAGCUUGGAUUACUCAUCUUGUUUUUGGCCAUGGGCAUUAUGAUCUUUUCCAGCUUAGUGUUUUUUGCAGAAAAAGAUGAAGAUGACACAAAAUUCAAGAGCAUCCCAGCUUCCUUCUGGUGGGCAACUAUCACCAUGACAACAGUAGGCUAUGGAGACAUCUACCCCAAAACUCUCUUAGGCAAAAUAGUUGGAGGGUUGUGCUGCAUUGCUGGGGUGCUGGUGAUUGCUCUUCCCAUCCCAAUUAUUGUAAAUAACUUCUCUGAGUUCUACAAAGAGCAGAAGAGGCAGGAGAAAGCCAUCAAGCGCAGAGAAGCACUUGAAAGAGCAAAAAGAAAUGGCAGCAUUGUCUCCAUGAAUAUGAAGGAUGCUUUUGCCCGUAGUAUAGAACUGAUGGAUAUUGUGGUUGAAAAGAAUGGAGAAAGCACAGGCAAAAAAGAUAAAGUUCAGGACAAUCAUUUAUCCCCCAGCAAGUGGAAAUGGACCAAGAGAACACUCUCUGAAACUAGCUCCAGUAAAUCUUUUGAAACCAGGGAACAAGGAUCUCCAGAAAAGGCCCGGUCCUCUUCCAGCCCUCAGCACCUGAAUGUCCAACAGUUGGAGGACAUGUACAACAAAAUGGCAAAGACUCAGUCACAGCCAAACCUCAACACGAAAGACACAGGUCAUCCUGGAAAGCAAAAGGAAGAGCUAGAAAUGGAGACCAUUCCUGGCCCUAUGGUUCCUUUACUGACCACUCGUGCUGACGGGAUCAUUGACAUGAGGAGCAUGUCAAGCAUUGACAGUUUUAUAAGCUGUGCUACAGAUUUCCCAGACACUGGGAGAUUCUCCCACAGUCCGCUUGCUACACUUCCAUGCAAAGGGGGUGUUAAUCCAAUUCAGGAACAAGUCAGGGCAGAGAGAAGUGGAACCAGGUUCAUGGAGAUAAACCCACAUCCCGAGGGCAGCCAUCGCUCUACUUUUUUCAUAGAAAGUCCCAACAGUUCCAUAAAAGCCAGUAACCCUUUAAAAUUAAGAUCGCUGAAAGUCAACUUUAUGGAAGAUGACAAUAGCACAUUAGUGCCAGGAUCAAAUAUAUUGAGAAUAUAUCCAGAUGCUCUCAAGAACAGGGGAGCUGCCACCGCUGCAGACAGUUCCAUACGCUCUGAUCGCUCUUUAGUGAGUCCAGAAACCUCUAUCUACACAACGGCGAGUGCUAGAACACCCCCAACGUCGCCAGAGAAGCAGAUAGCAAUAGCUUUCAACUUUCACGAUGCCAGCAUACAUAAAUAUAUAGAUGCUGACACAGAUGAUGAAGGUCAGUUGCUUUAUGACUCAAGCCCUCCGGGAAAUGUAAGUCCCAAGUACAAUGUUACAAACAGUGGUUAUCUAAGGCAAAAAGAUAACAUUUACAGAAUGGAGAAGAACCAUCUAGAGAGUGCUGCUUUACCCACCUCACCUAAGUUUAUAGGACAAAACUGCAUUUACUCCAUGGAAGGUAUCACUGGAAAACCUCCAGGCAGUCAAGAGACUGUCAAACUAGAAAAUCACAUUUCACCUGAGGUCCAUAUAUUACCAGGUGGUGGAGGACAUGCUAACACCCACGAUCAAAGCAUCUAACGUGUGGCUCCAAAAAAACUUGUUGAACAUUAAAAAGAAUGUCUUUACAGUCAACACAAAGAAAGAGAGCUUCUGCAUGGCAUAAACUUAGACUGAAACAAGCCCGUUGUUUCUCAGAGUCUGAGAGAAGGCCUGCUGUGGGCUUGUGAAAACGCCCUUCUGUGGGACAACUGUAAAGAUGUUGCCUGAUUCAUCCUACAACACGUCAAUGAAAAUAAAGAUUGCAAGUCUUGCUCACACUUUGAUCUCCUUUCAUGUCCGUCAUUGAAGUCAGCAUGACCAAAUAUGCAUUCAAUCCUCUUGUAUGAUGGAUCUCCUUUUGGAAAUGUUAACCUCUGAUCUGAGUUACUUCCAUAGAAGAGGCCAAGGCAACCAGAUUUGAACACUGGAACAGAUUAGUGGGACUGGUAUAAAAGUUAUCAGAAACACAAUAUUUGUUGGUUCAGGGCAGUUGUUCCAGACAUCCCCAUCUGCAAUCUCUCUUUCUGAAGGAUACAGUGUCUAAAGGUAACAGGGAAUUCUUGCAUUAUGGGUAAAUCUCAGCUUAUGUCUAUUUAAAAUAAGUGGUCUAGAGAAAUAAAUUAUGAAAAUGCCCUGUGUGUGUUUAAUUCUUCCAGAUACUGUAGGACCUGAUGUUUUAUUUUGAAAUAUCAUCAGGGUGAGUUGCACCACUUGUAUCUAAUUUAAAAUGCCCCCUUGAAUGUAGUGAAACUUGCACUUGCCCAUUGCUAAACCUGUAUCUACUCUGGGGCUAUAGCGAGGCUUCUAAGCCACAGCAUGUGAAGGGGCUGUGCAGAAGGUGGUGUCUCCAGGCACACAUGGGCUGAUUCAGCCAGAAUUCCUCCAGGUUACUGUGGGAGAAUGCACCUGAGUGGAAAGGGUGUAAGGUGCUCCCUCUUAUUAGUCUAUUACCCCCAUACCGCCUGUCCUGUGCUGAAGGCAGGGGCCCAGGAGCCUGCUCUGUUUGGAGAGUCCAGGCAUUCUAGGCUUGUACACUGCUUGUAUUGCAGCUGGCCCCUACACUAGAGUGUAGAGCAGCAGCAAUGGCUUUUUAUGCUCCUCCCACUCUGACUUCCAUAUUAUGUAGGGGUCAGCCUCAAUCUAGCUCAUAAAGUAGGAGGAAAGGAACGAGCCAGACUGAAGCAUUUUGCACUCAGCCGGUGCAGAAUGACUAGAUAUGCAAGUGCUAACUAAAUAUGCAAAAAGAGGACUUAUUUAAUUAUACGCCACAGGCCUGAUUUGUGCUGUAGCUUCCAUUGGUGUAAAUCAGGAGUGACGCCGUAGAAACCAGUGAAGUUACACCCAUGUAGAAUGGAUAUAAGUAAGAGGCAAAUCAGGUCAAAUAGCUUAAUGAUAUUCAAUCAUUUUUUUUAAACGACCAUUUUAAGCAAAUGCAACUAACAGUAACCAGCUUAGGUUUUAAACAUAGUCCUAUACAGUUAUGUUGACUUGUGUAGGAAAUAUUUUUUCUUUAAUUUGUAAUAUUCCUAAAAAAAGCACUUUCUGUUGAUGGCUUUUUUGGUUUUAUUUUUGGGGUUGGUUUGUGUGUGAAGGUGGAAUAACAAACCAGAGUGUAAGAAACUAGCACUUUACACAAUCACUAUCUUCAUUUGUGCCUCCUGUCGUGGCUGUGAUUUGUUACACACCUGUAACAAAACACAAUCCGUCCUGUGAUAACUGUGAUGGUAACACUUUAUGUUCUGUCUAUUUCCAUUGUAAAGCUAAACUGUAAAUAACUUAUAUCAAUAAGAGUUUGAUGCAUAUUUAUGAGUACCUGCUGUGAUGUGUAACUAUUUGCAUGCAACAGGUCUUGGUACAUAAAUAUCAGGUAUCACUUUAUAAGGAAUACUUUACAUCUCUAGGAAGAUAAACUGUCGGGGUCUGGGGUCUGGUAUUUUGUUCCUUUCUAUUGCAAAAUAGCUGUUGGUCGGUCCUGAAUGUAACUGUCUGUCCAUGUUAUACUAUGCUUCUGUCCAUCAGUAACAAUGAAUGCAGCACGUACAGAUGAAAGCAAUAAGCACAUGUAUGUUUUAAGAAUCGUUAUGGGUUGUAACUAUAGCUUUGAUAGAUCUGCCCUUGGCACAAUACUGUACACAUAUUUGGAUCUGUUCUGCACUGAGUAUGCAGAGCAAUUAUCCAGAUUACUCUCCUUAUGUUGGGUUGGAGCUUGAGGUUCUUCCUCGGAGUUUUUACUCAUGUCUUAAUAAGGCUAAAUCCUAGGAAAUUUCCUGAGGGAGAUGAAAGAAAGAACAAACUGAAUAAAGACCUCAAGCAUUAGCCCAGUAACAGGAGAACAGACCUCAUUCCAUGCAAAGUAUUAUACCGCGAGUACUCAAAAUAAAUAAAAGUACCUGCUCAUACAGAAACAUCUGCAGAGCACUUAUCUAGGGCCAGUUCUGAGGGGCAUUAGUCAGUUUUUACAAAACUCAUUAAUUUGAAUGGGCAUGUUGCCUGGCUAUGGACUUCAGGCUUCGGUCCAUCGUAAAUACAAGUGUACUUAGGGGAACUAAUGUAGUGUGUUGCUGAGAUACUUAUUAAAAAUAAUUAUUAGAAAGUAAAGUAAAGAUAACUUUCCAGCAGAUAGAACUUUAAGUAUUGAUUGAUUCCACUGGCUGCUAGGCCAUAGAAUGGAAACGAUAUCGUUGAAAGAGAGCAGUCUCAGCAUAAUCUCGAUGUUUCAGUCAUCAGCCAUGUCUGCCAUCAGCACAAAUGUAAAAAAAAUUAAAUAAAAAAAUCAAUUCAGGGAAAAAAUAACUUUUUUGAUAGAGUAAAUAAUAGUGAUUUCCAAUUUAAAUAUUUUUAGAGCUGAUGCUUUCAUGUAAAAAAAAGUCAUAUUUUACAUAUCAGGAAAGUGAUCAUAUUUAAAGAUAGCCAUACAAUGUAGUAGUUACCACACAUUCAUUCAAAGUGAUGUAUUUGGUUUGUAAACGGCACUAACAAAAAUGUAUAAAUUAAUAAUUGUCAUUUUUUUAAUAAAAACAACUGGUGCAACUCUCCUUGUAACCAAAGGCCCUCUCUCUGCCUUGUGUGAUCGAAUCUGACACACACCUUAUCUCAUCCAUGUAGUCUUACCAUUAAAGUAGCAUUUUAUUGAAUCACUUUUGAACUUGGCUGUCAAAAGUAUCAUUAAAUUUCUACCUUUUAAGUCUUAAUGGCCAAAGUCCUAUAGAUUUCUUAUAGAAAGAGAAUAAUGUACAAUUAAGCAUAUAAUAUGCUGGAAGAGCAUUUCUUUCUUAUUUGUGUGUGAAGAUGUAGCUCUCAUUUUGUGCCCAGUGAAAAAUGAAAUAUGAUUAACUUAUUUUAAUGAAAUAAAGUCUGAAUAAGAAAUAUAUAUCUAUAUAUAUGUGUGCGUGUGUGUACAUAAUAUAUAUAUAUGUAAGCACUGGGAAAUCUACUCUCAAAUGAAAAGCUAAGCUAGAUGGGGAGGCUGUACUCAUUACAGGAGAAAAGGCAGUGCUUUGAAAACAUAAUACUCACCCAGUCCCAUAGGUAUUUAAAGACCAACUUCAUUUUACAGUUCAUUUACUAAAUGUUUUCCUGAUUUCUAAAAUUUGGAGGGGAAAUAUUUUAUAUCUCUUGCAUCAAGCUAAAGUCUGAAGUUCAGUCACUAAUAACUGGCAUUCAGGGCCUUUACUGUGUAUCAUGCAUCAAGCAAGCUGAUAAAAGUUUUAUCUAUUGCAGCAAGGGGCAUCACAAUCGAAAGGACCGUGUGCACAUGAUGUCUGGGUUCUUGCUUGUGUCUUACACAAUCUACAACUUUUUAAAUAUAUAUAUAUCUAUUUGUGGAAAGAAUGGGUGCAGUUUUCUUAACCAGGUGGUAAAAGAUUUUUUUGACUUUUAGCUUUGUACAAAGGAAAACAGCAGUAAACUUAUUGUAGUAGAUUUCUCAGUGCCUUUUCUUAGAAACUUCACCUAAGCACAUUUAAGGAAAAACAAAACCAGACUCUCCUGUGAAACCCACAUUUUAUGAAAGGUUCAAGAAUCACUGAGAGAGAAGAAAAGAAGAAGAAAGAAGAAGGAAGAAUGCCAACGGAACACAUAUUCUCUUUCUGAACAUACUGUGUCAAAGGCCUGAGGACUAUUCAUCCGUGCACGUCACAUAGAAACAAACCCUACGCGGUUGGUCUCUUUGGCAACUAUGGCUGUGAUAAACUGUAGCCUUUUCUUCCCUUGCAGCUAACAUGAUAAACAUUUCUAAGGAAAAAAACAGUAUUCUCUUCUGUAAAAUUGUAAUGUAUUGUUAAUAUUUGUAUCUAUUGUAUAUUUAUGUUUUAACAGAAUUAUGGCUGGAACCGUUUAUAAUAAAUAACAGGGAUGUUUAAAAGUCAUCACAAAGACAAGGUUGCUAAUGCCAGGUUCUCACUGUUGAUAAGUUCCAUGUAACAUGAUCUCCAAUCCUUUUUACUAGACUUCUCAAGCACCUCAUUUUAAGCAAAUAGUAGAAUUCCUGGGUAAGGUAAUGAAAUAAUGGAAACUGUAUGGCAUUUAUAGCUCAGACAGUCAACAAAAUAGAGAGAUGGAAGCAUCUCCUAUAUCUAUUUCUUUAGCAAAGCUCUCCUGUUUUACUAAUUAUUACAUUUACAGUAACCAAAAUGAACCAAGCAUUAGCUUAGAUUGCUUUAGAAUCACCCAGUUGGUCAGAAUAUGGCUUUAAAUAAAUCUUGAUUAAAGUACAGACAUUCUAGUAAUCUCUGUACCAUCUGUUUGCCAUUGUGUUGGCUCUAUAAGUAUCUGAUGUAUGGAAAAGUCAUGUGACUUUCAUGCAUUCCAGAGUAGUCUAUUUUUCUGUUCAGAUUUUAAAUAUUAUAUAUAUAUAUAUAUAUACAAAUAUAAAUAUAUAUCUGUAUUUUUAGCAAAUUUAUAAUAGGGCGAACAAGUCAAAUUUCUUCUUUUUUGUAUUACAGAAUAAUAUAUUAGCAGCUAUUGUGUUCAUUUACAUAGCUGAUUUCCUGAGGUUUUUUUUUUUAAAUGUCUCUGUUCUGAGAACGACUGAAAUAGGUCUGCAAAAGGUCACAGAGUCUUUUUGAUGUUGUCGUGUAUUUGUGUUUUCCUGCUAGUGGUCCUUAAAACUAAACAAGAUUCAAGGACAGUACAUGGAAACUAAGAUGUGUUUUCUUUUGAAAAAGAGCGAAUGGGCCAGACAAUGAUACCAAAUGCAGUGGUAUAGAUUUGGAGGAACUCUACUGACUUCGACCUUUAACUGCACCCUUUGACUUCUGGGGAGUUUUUCCAGAUUUACGUUGAUUCAGCUAAAUUCAGAAUCUUGCCCAGUGUGGAUAAGGGACUAGAUUUGGAAAGCACCAUUAUCAUCAUAAUUAGUGCUGAAGUCAACUACACAAAAUUUAGAAAUAGAGUUGGGCUAAGCAGGGUGGGGGCUGACAGCUUCCAUGGGCCCCUGGGCAAAGCGGGGUGCAGGGGAUCCCCGAAGAGGCGAGGCCUCAGGCAGAACUGGGACAGGCAGCCCUCAGUGGUGUCUCUAGCUCACAGGCAGCCCUUGCUGCUCCCUGGAGUGUGGGGUGCCUCCCCUCCGGCAGCAAGUUAAAGGGCCUGGCGCUCUGGC